AUGCCAAUUGAUUACUCAAAGUGGGACAAGAUUGAAUUGUCUGAUGAUUCAGAUAUAGAAGUACAUCCAAAUGUCGAUAAAAAUUCAUUUAUUAAAUGGAAACAAAGAGAUAUUCAUGAGAAGCGUCAACAGAGAAAUAUUGAAAUCAAAUCCAUAUUAGUUCAAUUAACCAUGUAUGCUAAACUUAACGAAAGAGUUGAUUUCCUUUUAAGUGAUGUAGAUGAAGAGCAAUUGUUAGAUGAUUCGUUGAUUAUGAAGAAAUUGAAUGAUAAGUUCGAUAAGACAGAAAAAUUCGACUAUGAUCUUUUGAAGAAAGAAAAAGGUGAUACAUUACGUAAGGGUCUUAAGGAUUUGUCAUUUAGUGCUGAAGAGAUCGAUAAUACCCCACCAUAUAAUGAAAUGAUUGAAGAUUUAUUUAUUCAGGUUAAAGAGGAUCACCCAGAUGCGGCAAAGGAUGCGGCCAAAUUGACGCAGUACUUGAAAGAACAUAGAGCUAAGAUCGAUGAUGUAUUGUCUAGACAAGCUAUCAAAUUGGAUGAUCUUUUGUAUCAGAAAUCAAUGUUAAUUAGUAGUGAUGACAUUCACACUGGGUUUGACAAAUCCUUCUUGAAUAAAGAAAAGGAGGACGAUCAACCGGCACCACCGGCGCCUGCUUCACAAAAGAAAACUGUUACAACUACUGAGACUAUAAAUAAUGCUUCUAAUGUGUCACCGGCUUCGAAAGAACCCAAGUCAGAUAAAGAUGUGUUAGACGAGUUAACAUUAAAUCCAUCUACCGCUGAAUUUGGCAAGAUUUCAAGUACUAAUAUCGACGAGAGCGCCAAUUAUUUAAUAAGACAUACUCAUAUUUGUAAUGAACAACAAAAGGAUGCUUUGAUUAUGACUGCAUUUGAUCAUCAGUUACAAGGAGAUACUGAUGCUGCUCGUCAAGUUAUCCAUCAAUCAUUAUUAUUGCAAUAUGUCGCCCAGUUGGCCGGUGUCAAGCCAAAUAAAGAUCUGAUUAUCAAGGCAGUAAAAUUAUUCUGCUCUAAAAUUAAUGAUAAAUCUUCUCCAGCUAGAAUGGGAUUUUCUCAGGAUGUUACCAAUACAUUCAACCACAUUAAAUCAAGAUGUGAAAUAAUUAAGCAAGAACAGGGCACGGAAAACAAUGAUAACGAAGAAGAAGCAUUGAUUCAAUUAAAGGCGCUUGAUGAUAAAACUGAAUUACUGGUUAAUAUUCCCCAAGAAGGAUCACCAGAAUUCCAAAUUUUCUCGACGAAAUUAUCUAAAGAAAUGCAAGAUGCCGUGAAGACCGAAUCCUUAGAUGCGGUUAAUAAUGUGUUUGCCAAACUAAAAGUUGAAGAAGCCGAGAAUAUAUUAGAAAUAUUUAACGAAUGCGGAGUUAUUGGCAUAAAUGGGUACAUAGAAGAUGAAAAUGAAUUUAAGGAAUUGCAAAAACAAUAUAAUGAAGGUAUGGAUUUAGAAGCUGAAAAAUUAGAAGAAAUCCAUGAAGAGCUAAAUACUGAGGAUACCGUUGAUUAA